AUGUGGUUGGCAUAUAGCUACUUCCACAAUGGCGACUACAAGAAAGCCAUCGACACCUACGACGAUGCCAUGAGAAAGGAGAACGAUCCGAACAUCGCAGUCUAUAAGGCCUGUUGUCACUAUGCCCUGUGCCAAUACCAAGAGGCAGAGGAGGAGGCGACCAAGGCUCCCGACAGCCCCUUGAAGUCGCGAGUUCUCUUCCAGACCGCUCACAAGCGCAAUGACGAGAGCGCCAUGAUGAUCCACCACCAGGCGCUCUCAGAAAGCAAGGAAGACCAGCUAUGCCUGGCCGCGAUACAGUAUCUCAGGAGUCAUUUCCAGGAGGCCACAGACAUCUACAAAAGGAUGCUGGUGGAAGAUCGAGAUGAUUUGGCCCUGAAUGUGUACAUCGCCCUCUGCUACUACAAACUCGAUUACUACGACGUGGCAUUAGAGAUUCUCCAGGCCUACAUCACCAAGUAUCCGCAGAGCAUCGUGGCAGUGAACCUGAAGGCUUGCAGCCACUACCAACUCUACAACGGCAAGGCUGCCGAGGCAGAGCUGAAGGUCCUGCAGCAGGCUAGCAGUAGUGGCAACAUUUUUCAAGAGCAUGAUCUACUCCAGCACAACCUGGUCGUGUUCAGAAAUGGCGAGAAUGCGAUUCAAGUUCUGCCACCACUCUUGGACAUUGUACCAGAGGCUCGGCUCAACCUGGUGAUCUAUCACCUUAGGCUCGGCGAGGCGCAGGAGGCGUACAACCUCAUCAAAGACUUGGAGCCUUCAAUGCCAAGGGAGUACAUUCUGAAGGGGGUUGUCUUCGCCGCGCUCGGACAGGCGACGAACUCUAGAGAUCACUUGAAGCUGGCGCAGCAACUCUUCCAACUGGUUGGCGCUUCGACAUCUGAGUGCGACACCAUUCCAGGCCGGCAAUGCAUGGCUUCCUGCUUCUUUCUGCUACGCCAAUUUGAGGACGUUCUCGUAUACCUGAAGUCGAUCAAAGCCUACUUCUCCAGCGAUGAUGACUUCAAUUGGAACUACGGCAUUGCCUGCGCCGCAUCAGGGGACUACAAAGAAGGAAAGGAGGCGCUCCUUCAGAUCCAGAACGAGAAGUAUCGUGCCGAGUUCUGCUGGAUGAGCUGGCUUUCUCGCUGCCACAUCAUGAGCAACGAGCCUAAUCGCGCAUGGGAGAUGUACGUCCGAAUGGAUACAAGCAACGAGUCGUUCAACUUGCUCCACCUCAUAGCCAAUGACUGCUAUAAGAUGGGCCAGUUCUACUACGCUUGCAAAGCCUUCGACGUGCUGGAGAGGUUAGAUCCGGAUCCCGAGUUCUGGGAAGGCAAAAGGGGCGCCGCCGUGGGCAUCCUUCAGCGUUGUGCUGCCGGGAAGGAGUCCCCAGACAAGCUCCAGGACGGUCUUUUGCAGGUCAGGGUUCAGGGUUUAGGGUUUAAGGGUUUAGGGUUUAGGGUUUAG